AUGCACGACGAGACGGCUCCUGUCCGGGAAAUCUCAAUCACGGUUGGGCACGAUGCUCCCGAGCGGCAUGAUAGAAUCACACCUGGCCUCUCGGCGGUACACCCCACGAGUGUGCCAGUCCCCGGGCCGCUUCCGCAAGUCCCGCCCAUGAGGGCAACAGAACACCGCAACAGCAUUGUCAGUAUUGGAUGGGAUUCGCAUGAGCGCGACGGUGGAAGGCUGCCAGAGCAGGUCGUGGAGGGCCUGGACAACGAAGAUCUCUGGCACUUGUUGCGGAAGUUCAACAGGCAAAUCUUCCACGUCAAGGCUACGACAAGACCCUUGCUGCCAGGGGAUGUCGACUUUGACACGGCGGCAGAUGAGGACUUUACCGCCAAAAAAGUCCGGGCACACCUUGAGAGGCUCUACAUCGGAGUUAUCAUCGACAUGCUCGCUUUUGCGCAGCACAUUGCGAGGCUUCGGUCGUGGCGGGAGCCCAGGCGAACGGGGAUCUUCUUUUUUAUGUAUUUUGCAAGCUGGGCUUUUGGCCUCCUCUUGCCUGCAACAUUCGCAUUUCUCGCUGGCCUCGUCCUUUAUCCGCCACUGCGCAGGGUCAUGUUUCCAUCAGCUCCCCUCUCCAUGGUUGAUCCCAUCACAGGGGAUCUGAAGCCCCCGCCCGCAGGAAGCAUGGCAACCGCGGACUCUGCCACUGGCGCUCCCGAGGCACACAAAGGCCAGGCUCGCGAGGACGAGGCGGCCAACUUUGCGGCAAGCAUCAUGUCCAUAGCAGUGAACAUUGCCGACGACGCCGCCGAGCCGCAAAACGAGGGCCUCGACGAGCGGCGUGCUCUCGAACACCACCCCUUCCACAGCGAUGCCGCCGCGCUGGAGGCGGCGAGAGCCGCCAACGCGAAUGGAGGUCGCGGGCUCAAGGCUUCGUCCAUGGCGCGCGAGUUGGAUGCAAGCAGCGACGAGGACGACGGCCAUGGACACAAGAAGCACGCGAAGCUGUCAGUGAUCGACCCACAGCGACUGACGACCGAAGCUGCGGCGGCUUUAGACAAAGCCGACAGCGCAGAUAGGCCUUCAAAGGACAAGUCGAAGCCGGUGAUCCAGAAGGUGAGCUGGCAGGCCACGAGGCUCGGCACGCACUGGCUGGGAGUACUGUCGGACUACUGGGAGCGCUGCGAGAACAUGAUGAAUCCGAAACCACCUUUCUCUAAGUCAGCAGGCCGUCACCGAAUAGCCACCGUCCUGCUCGCAUUGUGUGCUAUCACGCUCUGCGUUACUCCUCGCAUGAUUUGUCGAUCGUUUGGCUUCGUCGUCGGCAUGGUCAUCUUUGGCCAACCCCUUCUCUCCCGCAUGCAAGAAAUGCUCGUGGAGAACAAUAUCACUCUGCGCAGCACCAUAUUUCAUGGCGUCCCUACCAAUGCCCAGCAGACAAUCACUCUCCUGCGCCUGGGCGAGGCGGCCAGGGCACCGCUCCCACCACCACCGCCAAGCCGCUUCGCCGACUUGGCACGAUCGCGGAGCAGCCGCCUCUCCAGCAGGAGCGCGAGUCCGCAAGCACGGGGUGACUCACACCAGGCCGCAAGCCUCGACGACCCGGAGAACCUCGGCGCAAGCUUCAACGACAGGCCACUCGGCAGAACCCCGAGAGAGCUGCAGUCUGCCGCGGUUGAUGGUGGCCGCCACCAGCAGGGUGGUCGGACGCAAGGCAACCGCGGCUCGUCCCCUCGCGACCGGUUUGGCGCAGCCGAGGCCCAUCGCGGACGGCUCAUGGGCACCCUGACUCGGGCCUUCAAGCACGGCGCGAAAGCUGUCGCCAAGACGGCGAUCGCGGCAGAUGCGGCGAGGGCCAAGGUGCUCAAGACCCCGUCGGCCCGACUGCGCUUGGGGAGUGUAGAGGACGACGAUGAUGUGCGGGACGCAAAGGCCGUUGGGAAGGGCGGCUUGCUUGGUCCUGUGGAGUUCAGAGCCAGGCACGACGGCCACAAAGGGUUCGUGUACCUGACGACUGAUGAAGGGCACGCUGCGAGAGUGUGCUUCACCAGGGGACGCGAGGUCACACUGCACGAUGGCGACAGUGAUGACGACGGACACUUGCCGAGGGCGGUCGGCACGCUGCAGCCCGUCUGGUCCCUUCCUAUCGACGAGAUUGCCGAACUCAACAAGUUCGCUGGCUAUGGUGGCAAAGCAAAGGUUGCCGCAGGCUGGGCGCUUGAGACGUCCGUCAAGGGGGGCCUGCAGAUUGUUGACAGGAACGGGCAGCCCAGGUUGAUCACGGCUGUGGCGAAAGGGGAUGAGCUCUUUAAUCGGUUGUGUGCCAUGGGCGAGCAGCACUGGGAAAUAUGGUAA